AUUAUUAUUAUUGUAAUUAUUAAUAUAAACUCUUAGAUAGACUUGGUUCACAUUAAUUUAUUGUUCAGAAGGUCUGUGAUAAUCAAAUCGGAGAGCCAAUUGGGACCCUUGUCAAUUGUCAUGCCAAACCUCAUCACAAAAGAUAUUCCUAUCCUUGAUAAAAUCAUACCUAUAAAAAUCCCCUUCCACAAACUCACUCAACUGUCUUAUACGAAUACACAACACAUACACAUCAUAGUAUCAUACACAAUCCAAACCUACUCACAAGAACCAAAAAAUGCAAGAAACAAACCGAAAACCCCACGUAGUAAUAAUCCCAAGUCCAGGGAUGGGCCAUCUUAUCCCCGUGGUCGAAUUCGCUAAGCUCCUCCACCACCACCACCACUUCUCAAUCUCUCUUUUACUCCCUUCCUCGUCCCCACCCACCACCGCGCAAACCACCUUCCUCUCUAGUUUACCUCCCGCCAUCUCCCCUACGUUCCUCCCAUGCGUCGACUCCUCUCUACUACCUUCCAAUGUAGCCCAUGAAGUUACCAUUCAUCUGACUCAUUUCCAUUCUCUUUCCCACGUUCGUUCUGUCCUCUCUUCGCUCUCCAAUGUUGUUGCUCUCGUUACUGAUCUUUUUGGUACCGACUACUUUGAUGUUGCACGAGAGUUUAACAUCCCACCUUACAUUUACUUCACUUCUAAUGCCUUCUGCUUACUGUCCUUCUUCUACUUCCCUAAGUUGCAUGAAACGGUGUCGUGUGAGUAUAGGGAUAUGGCGGAACCCUUGGUUAUGCCCGGCUGUGUGCCUCUCUAUGGUAAGGACUUUGUUGAUCCUGCUCAGGACCGUCAAGAUGAGGCAUAUCGAGUGUUUUUUUAUCAGAUCAAGAGGUAUGUUUUAGCUGAGGGAAUUUUUGUCAACUCGUUCUUAGAGCUUGAACCGGGUGCUAUUGAUGCCUUGAAAACCGAGGAUCCAAACAGACCAGAAAUUUACCCGAUCGGGCCAAUCAUUAAGUCCGGUUUGGGUGGGGAAGCCGACGAGUGUUUGAGUUGGUUGGACCAGCAACCACCGGGUUCGGUUUUGUUUGUUUGUUUUGGGAGUGGAGGGACUUUAUCUAAUGAGCAGAUUAACGAGUUAGCUAUUGGGUUAGAAAAUAGUGGGCAAAGGUUUUUGUGGGUGAUUAGGGCUCCUAGUAACUCUAGUGUGGAGUCAUUUUUUACCCAAGGUAGUAACGAAGAUAAUUCAUUUGGUUUCCUCCCGGAGGGAUACUUAGAUAGGAUCAAGAAUCGUGGGUUUUUGGUCCCAUCUUGGGCCCCGCAACUAAAGGUUUUGAGCCACAAGUCUACGGGUGGGUUUCUGAGUCAUUGUGGGUGGAACUCGACUUUGGAGAGUAUCGUCUAUGGGGUGCCUAUGAUUGCUUGGCCACUCUAUGCAGAGCAAAGGAUGAACGCCGUGUUGCUUAAUGAAGGGAUCAAGGUGGCAUUACGCCCUAAGGUAACAGAAAGUGGAGUUGUCGACGCAGACGAGAUAGCUAGAGUUGUCAAGGAGUUGUUGGAAGGUGGAGCAGGGAAGAAAGCAAGAGAACGGAUCAAGGAAUUGAGUGAAUUAGCAAGAAAGACAACAAGUGAAGAUGGGGACUCAACAAAGAUUCUUAGCCAAGUAGCUCAGAAAUGGAGUCAACACUCAAAAGUAAUUAAUUAAGAGUCUAAAAAUGAUUGGAGAACAUUUACAUAUGCAACUUUUGUUAGUUGUUUGCCAACGAGGGCAAACGAGUGCCUUUGUACUGUAUUUGAUAAUGAAUAGUAUUUGUAACCUCUAAUAAUUUACAUUUACCAGGUUGUUGUGGACAAUGAAUAUGAUCAAAGUUUCUUUUUCCUAUUUUUUA